UUUACUUUUGUAUACAUUAUUAGGUGGUGAUGAGUGUCGCACAGUUAUAUCAUCAUUUAGCUCCUAAAUCAGAGGUUAAUGUAAUUGCUAAAGCAUUAAUCCGCUUGUUAAGAAGUCAUAGAGAAGUUCAAUCAGUUGUACUGAAUUCCAUCGCAUCUAUUUCAAUAACUAGAAAGAAUAUGUUUGAACCAUAUUUAAAAAGUUUUUUUGUCAGAUCAAAUGAUCCUACACACAUAAAAUUAUUAAAACUCGACAUCAUGACAAAUUUGGCAAAUGAAACAAGUAUAUCGACAAUACUUAGAGAAGUUCAAACAUACAUUUCUAGCACAGAUAAACAGUUUGUUGCUGCUGCUAUCCAAGCUAUUGGAAG